AUGGGUAAAUAUCAAAAAUUUAAAAGAUCAUGGAAAUAUCCCACUUACACCAACGAUACGGAACGGCGAUCCAGAAACGAGGACACACCGGUAAAAGUUAACUGUGGGGAUUCAUCACCAUCUGAUGUCAUUAACAUGUUUAGUGAUAACAUGCAAGUAAAUGAACUGCCGCCGUCGGAUUUUGAGCACCGUGGAGGAGAAAUAUGCGACUUAAAAAGAGAAAUAAGUACACUUCGCGAAAAAGUUCAAACACUUGAGCAAGAAAACAUAUAUGUACGUAAACAAGUAGAAAGUGAACAAAAUAAGCCUUCAAAUAUUUCACGUAUGGAGACCAUUAUAAAAGAAUUAAAACAGGAAAUAAAUGACAAGGACCAGAAAGCGUUGUUCAAUGACAUUGAAAUAAUUGGAAUACCUGAAGUUUCAGGUGAAACCCCAUUGCAUAUAAUGUCGACAGUUGCAAAUAAGAUGGGAGUUAUCUUAAAUGAUCAUGACAGUAUUUGCGGAGCGUGUCGGUCGCCAUUCGAGUAA